AAAAAAAAUCAAUUGGGACAAGGAGUGUUUUUCGAGUUGGUUUUAAUUUUAGGGUUUAAUCAUUUCUUUUCUUGCUCAUUUCUCGUCUCUUGCAUUCUGCUGUCACAAUGUGGGCACUUCGUCGAACUUCAUUUCGUCUCACCCCAAGAAGCCAAGGGCUUUAUAAUGUUGGAACUUCUCGUGUCAAAUUAAUGCCAAAUACUUUGGUGGAAUAUGAAGAUGCGGCUCCUAAUUAUCAUCAAAUGAAACAUGAUAGAUUUCUGUCAUCGGGCCACACAUUUUACCGCACAGGUCAUGCUUCUCAGAAAUUUACUGUGAGCAAGCGUGAACUUUCGUCACAAGCUGAUGCUAGUAGCACAAAAGAUGAUGAUGAUGAGCUGGAGGUAGAUGGAGAUGGAGAUAGUGUUGAGUCUCAAACAGAUCUGUUUGAAGGUGAUGAGGAUGGCGGGAAACCACAUAAUGAGCUGGAGUUGUCGGAUACUGAAAGUGAUCUAGAUGUGAAAAAUUCAUAGAGUAGAAACAGGAGAUCAGAACUAUUCAAGGCUGUUGUAAAUCUUCCCGUUGAUUCUGCGCUGAACAAGUGGGUUGAAAAAGGUAAAGAAUUAAGCAGGCAAGAUAUCACAUUUGCCUUGAUUAAUCUUCGAAAGCAGAAAAUGCAUGGAAAGGCUUUGCAGUGUGCAGGCUUGGGUAAAUUCUAUAAACUGCAGGCAGAUUGUGUGGAUUAAUGAUGUAACUGCAUUAGGUAUUGGGUUUUCUAUCUCGUCGUGGAUGGGGAUUCCUUCCUCUGUGGUUUGGAUUGCAUUCAAUAUUUCUAAGUGUUGAGUGGGUGUAAGAUGGUAAUCCCACCAUCCUUUGAGCUGGCCUGAGAAUCCUGCUAUUAGGAGUUCAGCUAUGGCUUUGUCAGACGCAUUGGCUUGGGUUUUGUAGGCAUUGGAUGCCAUUGUCAUUUAUUGUAGGAGACUUAGGAUGUUGUAUUCGGACAUACAGUUCCAUUCAUAGACAGUACUGGCGUUGAAUUUAGAUUGAGAAAGGACAUUGGGUCUGUUCUCAAUACCUAGGUAUGGUGUUGUAACCAUGGUUAAAGGUUGACCCUUCUGCCAUUGGAGUUUGCACAAGUUUUGCAGUUCUUAUUCGGUUUCAGAAACUUGGUCUAAAGUCGUAACUGUUUUUUCGAAUGUAUCCUUAGCUACCAAAGGUGUAGAGGUAGAAGAAUGUUUUAUCCUACUCAGUUGGUCAUGUAAGGCUUGGGUCCUUGAGUGGCUAGAGUCAAAGAAAAAGCUUGAAUUUACUGAGAAAGAAUAUGCUUCUAAACUUGAUUUGAUUGCCAAAUUACAUGGCCUACGAAAGGCAGAAAAUUUCAUCAACUGCGUUCCAAAUUCUUUCAGAGGAGAAUUAUUAUACAGAACAUUACUAGCUAACUCUGCUAGUCUGAACAAUUUGAGGAAAACUGAGGAAAUAUUCAACAAAAUGAGGGAGUUAAAUCUUCCGGUUACAGCCUUUGCUUGUAAGCAGUUGCUUCUUAUUUAUAAAAAGACUCACAAGAAGAAAAUAGCUGAGGUGUUACUUAUGAUGGAAAAGGAGAAUAUCAAACCUUCUCCUUUUACUUAUAAAAUUUUAAUAGACGUGAAGGGCCUAUCCAAUGACAUUGAUGGAAUGGAUCAAAUAGUUGAGACAAUGAAGGCAGAAGGUGUUAAACUAGACCAUCAAACACAGGCAUCCUUGGCUAGGCAUUAUGCCUCAGCUGGGCUUACAGAAAAAACUGAUGCUAUAUUGAAGGAUAUUGAAGGUGAAAACUUGAAAGAGAAUAUGUGGGUAAUCCCAACUUUGCUCCGCCUUUAUGCAAUUCUGGGAAGGGUCGACGAAGUGGAGAGAAUUUGGAAGGUUUGUGAGUCAAGGCCUCCUCGGAUAGAGGAUUGCCUUGCUGCUGUUGAAGCUUGGGGAAAGUUAAACAAAAUUGAAGAAGCAGAGGCAGUUUUUGAGAUUAUGUCAAAUAAAUGGAAGCUUUCCGCUAAGAACUACUCAAUACUCCUCAACAUUUAUGCAAGGCAUAAGUUGGUAAACAAGGGCAAGGAUCUUAUUAAGAAAAUGGGAGAUAGUGGAUGCAUAAUAGGUCCAUUGACCUGGGAUGCUCUUGUGUCACUUUAUAUUCAUGCAGGGGAAAUUGAGAAGGCAGACUCUGUUUUGCAGAAGGCAAUGCAGCAGAAUAAGAUGAAGCCAUUAUUUACUACUUAUAUGACUAUUAUGGAGCAGUAUGCAAAGAGGGGUGAUGUCCAUAAUACAGAGAAGAUUUUCUAUAGAUUGAGACAAUCUGGUUAUGUUUCUAGAAUAUCUCCUUUCCAUGCUCUAACACAGGCUUAUUUAAACGCCAAACUACCGGCAUAUGGAAUCAGGGAGAGGAUGAAAGCUGAUGAUCUAUUUCCCAACAAAGCUUUGGCUGAACAGUUGGCUCUAUUAGAUCCAUUUAAGAAAACUCCUGUUUCAGUUUUGCUUGAUUGAGGAAGCAUAUUCUAUCUUGUGCUUGUACUUUUCAAAUGAAACUAUUAUUUGUUAGUUUUAUGGUAAGAUUGAACUUCCCAAAUUCGAAUAUGUUAUCUUUUACUUAUUACUGCGUACAUAGGUUAUGUGGUUCUAUGGGGUCCAUUUGUUAAAGAGUAGAUAUUCUCUCAAAAGAAAUGGGGAGCUUUGUUAUAUAAUCUUCAUUCUAGAAAUGUAUGUUUCUAUACCUCAAACUAUGGUAUAGAGUUUUCGA